AGACUAUGCGAAGACACAGAAAUGAAGUGACCAUAGAGCUACGAAAGAACAAAAGAGAUGAACACCUUUUGAAAAAGAGAAAUGUUCCACAAGAAGAAAGUUUAGAGGACUCUGAUGUUGAUGGAGACUUCAAAUCUCAAAACGUAACACUAGAAGCAAUACUACAGAAUGCAACCAGUGAUAAUCCAGCAACCCAGCUUAGUGCUGUACAGGCGGCAAGAAAGCUGUUAUCCAGUGACAGAAAUCCACCCAUUGAUGACCUCAUAAAAUCCGGAAUUCUGCCCAUAUUGGUGAAAUGUUUAGAGGCAGAUGAUAAUCCUUCUUUACAGUUUGAAGCUGCCUGGGCAUUAACUAAUAUAGCAUCAGGGACGUCGGCACAAACUCAAGCAGUGGUCCAGUCCAAUGCUGUUCCACUGUUUCUGAGACUCCUCCAUUCCGUGCAUCAAAAUGUCUGUGAACAGGCAGUGUGGGCACUUGGAAAUAUUAUCGGUGAUGGUCCACAGUGUAGAGAUUAUGUCAUAUCACUUGGAGUUGUUAAACCGCUCUUGUCCUUCAUCAACCCUUCCAUCCCCAUCACUUUCCUUCGGAACGUCACAUGGGUCAUUGUCAAUCUGUGCAGAAAUAAGGACCCCCCGCCACCCAUGGAGACUGUACAGGAGAUUUUGCCUGCUUUAUGUGUCCUAAUAUACCAUACAGACAUUAAUAUUCUAGUGGAUACAGUAUGGGCAUUGUCCUAUUUAACUGAUGGUGGUAAUGAACAAAUACAGAUGGUGAUAGAUUCUGGAGUUGUGCCAUUUUUAGUACCGCUUCUGAGUCACCAGGAAGUAAAAGUUCAGACAGCAGCGUUAAGAGCCGUGGGUAAUAUAGUGACAGGCACCCGAUGAACAGACUCAAGUGGUGUUGAACUGUGAUGUCCUUGCACAUUUUCAAAAUCUACUGACGCAUCCUAAAGAAAAAAUCAAUAAGGAAGCAGUUUGGUUCCUGUCCAAUAUCACAGCGGGCAAUCAGCAACAGGUUCAAGCAGUUAUUGAUGCUGGACUAAUCCCCAUGAUCAUACAUCAGCUGGCUAAGGGUGACUUUGGAACUCAAAAAGAAGCUGCCUGGGCAAUCAGCAACUUAACAAUAAGUGGCCGAAAAGACCAGGUGGAGUACCUUGUACAACAGAACGUUAUCCCACCAUUUUGCAAUUUAUUAUCUGUGAAAGACUCACAAGUUGUACAGGUGGUUUUGGAUGGCUUGAAAAACAUUUUGAUUAUGGCUGGGGAAGAGGCCAGCACGAUUGCUGAGAUCAUAGAGGAGUGUGGAGGUUUGGAAAAGAUAGAAGCACUGCAGCAGCAUGAGAAUGAAGAAAUUUACAAACUAGCGUUUGAAAUCAUAGAUCAGUAUUUUUCUGGCGAUGAUAUUGAUGAAGAUCAAAGCCUCAUUCCUGAAGCCACCCAGGGAGGUACCUACAAACUUUGAGCCGUCGGCCAACCUUCAGACUAAAGACUUUAACUUCUAA